CCAAGACACGCCACUGCCUCAGUUUGCCUGGAAGACGCCUCAGCGCCAGGUAGGUCGCUCGCUCCUCCCGGAGGAAAGCCCCCAUGCUAGGGGCGUGUGUUCGUCCUUCUUCGUCCUCGUCUCUCUCUCUCUCACCUCACAAAGGAUUGUGUCGAAAAAGGACCCACGAAACGCGCGGUAGUGACCAUGAACCCAGAACUCGUCAGGGGAGAAAAUCUCCUUUAAAAAUUAACGGAAAGUUUGGUUCAUUCAAUUUCAGGUGCCUGGCGAUUGCCCAGGACAGGAUGGUGAGGAGAGGGGAAGGUCCCGCUAGUUCGAGAAGCUGGACAAACGAAAAACAGAAAUGUUUACGAAUCUAGUGUGUAGAGGACUUACGCCAAGACGUUUAGUAGUCAAACGCAAGUUUCCUGACAAUAGCUGACGUGAAGUGCCUGUGUAUAAAUAUUGAUUAAAUAACCUUAAUUAACUUUGAUUUAAAUCUGAAUUCCGUUUUGUUUUUAAUUAGUGUUCGCGUGAAAACAAAGAAGAAGCAGAAAGAGAGAGAGAGAGAGAGAGAGAGAGAGAGAGAGUAAACCUUAAAUGACCAAUUAUCUUCAGUCCCGCACGAACCUGUUAUGGCUUUCUUGAUCGAGCCCGGUUGAUUUCUAGCCCCAAAACAAAACAAAGAAUUACGAAUUCAUUCUUAAAGCACGGUGUACGAAUUCGCUGUUCAGUGCAAAGAUCUGACCCGAGCUGAACCACGACGAGUUGUGAUCAGGAGCCGAGGAAAACCAAAACGAAAGACUUCCCUUUCUCUCAAGAGUGAAAUGUUGCGAUGAAAUGCAGGAGCCACUGGAAGUGUCUAGCCGUUUGGGAACCCCUUCUCGUUAGAGGGAGAAAGAAAGGCAGGAAAAGAACGCUGAAAUUGGUUACGGCUCGGUAGAGCUUUGCAGUGGACAUAACGAGCCUCUUUCCAGAAGGUAGAGCUUCUGGCCAGAAAAGUCCGUCAAAAGAGGCUUGACAGAUACGGUGGCAAAGCGACUGAAAGAUUACAUUUCCAAACAAAAAAGAUUCGAUGGAUACUGAUGGAAGAUAAGUGAAAAAGGAAGUAGGAAGAAGCGUCAGAAGCUGGUGAAAAAAAAAGAAACACAUUAACUAUAGAUAUAUAGAAAACGGGAUGGGAAAGCCGCUGGAGGAGCAAAUCCCCAAACUGAAACUAGUCCAUGGAUACUGAUGUAAGAAAAGAUCAUAAAAAACCAAACUAGGAAAAAGCGUCAGAAACAGCAAAAGCGACCGAUGCCCCACCAUGCCUCACCAUCUACCAUGGGCACUUGGUCCGGAAUCGUAGUCAAGUCAUGGGUGGCAUGGGCACGGGUGAGCUUGUUUCUGUGGGUGUUGGGUGGGUGGUGUUUCCCCGUGGGCGGAGGGGCGGCUGCCAUCCCCUCUCACCUGACCACGGAGCCCUACAUUUACACGGGGCCAACGACCACCGCCCCCACCCCCCCUCCACCUCCGAAGGACUUCGAGGUGUUGUACAAGGAUGUGAUGGCCAGUUACAUCAACGUCACCAUCAGUUACAACGCCACGCUCAACUUCACUAAAAUAAACGUUCAGUUCUCUGAUCCGGUGGACUCCAGCAAUCACUUCAUCAGCAUACCUAUUGGAGGCAGCGGAGUAGACCCAACUAAAAUCUUCAAACCAGCCUCUGGAAGGCUCGGGUUCAAAUACAAAGUAGCAGGUUUCCGCAGGCGGAGACGAUACAUUGUCAUAUUCACCGGGUUUCAGGGAACUGAAAAAGUAUCACAGACUCAUAUAAAUGUCCUCUCCGGUAACGAUGACGGAGAGGACAGCAUCUACAACUUAACCGGGAUAUUCCUAGUGUUGGGGAUCUCCACCAUCAUCAUGGUGGUGGUGAUGGUGUGCGUAGGUUACGAGAAACUCAUCCACAAUAAGAGCGAGGAAUGCUGCGCCUUCCUCUGCUGCAGGAGGAAGAAGAAGAGAAUCCCGAAGGCGUCAAUCUCCCCGGAGCCCCUGAUGGUCACAGAGGGGAGGCCCGCGGACGAGACUUCUUCUCUCGACUCUAACCCGAGAUACUAGAGCUUGCUCUAGUUCUUUUUAUUUUUAUUUUUUUUCUGACAAGCAGUAACAAAGUGCGAGUUUAUAUGAAGUUGAUAUAACCUCACAGUGUUUUAAUAUAUUUACGUCAGAAGGUCUUUUAAAGUCUUGUGUCUCGAAUGUAUCCGAGUGAAAUGAGAUUUAAACUCUUGGCAGAGUUGUCCUUGAGGUAUGGCGGUGUGAUAUGUAAUUUAUGUCACGUUAUGUUUUUCGUAACCCGAAAAAAACAAUAUCCAAGGCUUUAUAUUAGAAUAAUGUAUAAUAUAAAGUACCCUCAUUUGUCAAGUUAACCUAUUUUCACUCCUUAGCUUCAGAAAACAUCAACAUACAACAGAUAAGAGCGUUGAUAUCUCUGUCAAAUUCUGUUACGACCAAAAAUUGUCAAACUUAAUUUUACCCACCUGAAGUUGCACUGCCCAUAGGUGGAGUAAUUUCAUUCCCGUCAUCAUUUAUCUGCCGAGAAAAUAAAAGAAAUAAACGAUAAAUACAGAAUUAUAGGACAUACGCAUAAGAAUCUUAACGAUGACUAAAAGCAUCGGUCUAGUUAUUUCCAAAGUGAAAGCACUGUUGCGGGAGAAAUGCUUUCGCAGAGUGAAAGUUUUCUUGAAAAUUGCGAGAAACUAAAGAAAAACUUUUAAAAGAAAGCUGCGGGAGAUAUUUCCCGCUAUGAUGCUUCAGGACAAGAUGGACAUAUAGAGAGUAUAGGAUGAAAAGUGUUAAAAAUUUUGAAACAGAACGGAAAAUCGGAGUGAAUUCGCGGCAUCGUUGGAAACUGGUGAUGUUAAAACUGCAGUAUUUACUUACGUCUUCUGUUUGGAUGUCAAGCAGAAAAGAAACGUGUAUUUUAAACUUUAUUUAUAACAAAAGAGAUUUCGUAAACGCGAGCGUCUGUUAUCACUUCUGAUCAGUAGCUGAUAGAUCACAGAUAACUUAAAAAACUAAAAAACAAAAAAAAACUUACGAGAUAUUUUUACUUCAUUCAUACUGGUGCUUAACUAUGAAAUAACUAAGGAAAGUACGAAGUCUCUAUGUCAUAUUUAUUCACAGUCAUCACAUUAAGAAAUAAAAGUAAAACCCACUUUUAUCAUUUACUUGAAACUUACAUCUCCUCCUCACAGUCAACAAGUGUACAUAUAUAUAUUCUUUAACACUUUUCAACCUUCGUUAGGCCUAGAUAGGAGCCAGGGAGGUUUUUCAAUAUUAUGCCAAAUAAACUUAGGUAGUCGUCGUAGCGUAAGAAGAAAAUUUCCUACCAAUUUAUAUCAAGUUUAGGCCUCGGGUCACGUCAGGUCUGAAUAAUGUCACGUGGGUCCUCGACCUGUCUCCUUCUCUCAUGAUUUCUAAUUAAUUCAAGGACUGCAAGGUAGUAUUAUGAUUUAUUUUCUAAUCUGAAUCUCCACAGUUGAAUAUGAUCAGGUAGGCCUAACGCCAAAACGAUUAGGGGGGCAAGUUGUUGAAAUACUAUCAUGAACUCUUUCUAUACAGCCAAUUGUACUGUGGCACAGACUCCCUUAUUGUAUUAUAUACUCUUUUGAGAACUAUGUCCUGGUAUAUGGUGUCUUUGUAAUGGGAUGUGAUAUAUUCCACUUAUCCCAAAAUAUCACUCGCAUGGUUACGUGAAAUUUAAGGCAAAUAAUUAUAGCAGAUUAGUAAAAACUUGGUUUUAUAUUCAUUUAUGAGGGUAUUUCUUUAAGUUUAAGCUUGCGCGUGCGUGUG